AUGGAUGGAUCCGCCUUCGACUACAUCUUUGCCCCGCCAAGUUUGCUACAGCAACCAUACGGCAAUAAUCAAGAAGAAGCAAUUCAAUUCUUACAUGAAUAUGAUCGUGAAGCAUCCGAAAUGUGUAAUAGAUUGGCAUCGAGUGAAUGGCGUUUUGAAACAAAUACAACCGAUUUUAAUCGUAGACGUAUGAAAGAACAACAAUCACUUGCAUCAAAAUUCGCUUGCAUAAGUUGGCGGAAAGCUACUUCAAUAAAUACUGGCUUCACUAUUGAUGGCAAUAUAAGGAGACAAUUUGAUAGAAUAUUACGACAAGGACAUUGUGGAUUAGGGGAAGUUAAAUAUUUAGAACUACAACAUGUUUUAAAUUUAUUAAAAGAUAAUUAUAAUAAUGCAAAAAUAUGUCCUUUCCCAAAUAACCGAUUAACAGAAAAUACUUAUACACCAUCAAAUUUAUAUCCUAUUCCAAUAACAAAUAAUUAUGUUAAAACGACAACAGGAUAUUGUGGAUUAAAAAUUAAUGAUUUAACCAAGAUAAUGGAAAAUUCGAAAAUUGAAGCUGAACUACGUUAUAUUUGGACAGCUUGGAGAGAUGUAACUGGGCCUCCACUUCGUAAUACAUUUAUGCGUUAUGUGGAUUUAGUUAAUCAAGCGGCAAGAAUUCAUGGUUUUAGGGAUGCUGGAGAACAAGCACGAUCUCUCUAUGAAGAUCCAAAUUUUUAUUUUACUGUACAAGAUCUUUGGCAUAAUAUACAACCACUUUAUAAACAAUUAUUUACAUUUGUACGUCGUGCUUUAGUUCGAUUCUAUGGUCCACAAAUAAUUCGGCCCGAUGGACCUAUACCAGCACAUGUUUUUGGUAAUAUGUGGGCGCAAAAUUGGCAAAAUAUAUUUGAUUUAAUAAAGCCGGGGCGAAAAGAUACACCAAAUGUAACAAGUGAAAUGAUAAGACAAGGUUAUAAUGCAGUACGGAUAUUUCAAGCGGCUGAAGAAUUUUUUACAUCAAUGGGCUUACCGCCAAUGUCAGCAGAAUUUUGGCGAAAUUCAGUGAUACAAAAAUCUAAUGAAAUUUACAUGCAAUGUUCUACAUCAACCUGGGAUUUUUGUAAUAAUAUUGAUUUUAGAGUUAAACAAUGUACAGAAGUAACGUUAGAAGAUUAUAUUAAUGCACAUAAAGAACUUGCUCAUAUACAAUAUUUUAUGCAUUAUGCAAGUCAACCACACAUUUUUCAUGAUGGUCCAAAUCCAGCAUUUCAUGAAGCCAUAUCAAAUUCUAUUGCAUUAUCAAUUUCAAAUCCAGUACAUCUUCAAAGAAUCGGUUUAUUGGCAAAAUCUUUUGAAACAGAAAGUGGUAAUGCAAUGGUUAGCAUUGAAUAUUUAUUAUUUAUAGCAUUGAAAAAAUUACCACUUUUGGCAUUCAGUUUAACUUUAGAACGUUGGCGAUGGCAUAUAUUUGAAAAAGGUCCUGUUGGUAUGAAUAGACGUUGGUGGGAAUUACAUUUACGAUAUAUGGGAAUUAUACCACCAUUAAUAAGACAAAAUGAACAUUUUGAUGCUGGUUCUAAAUAUCAUGUUAUAGCAGAUGAAGAAUAUAUUAAAUAUUUUAUAGCAACAAUAUUAGAAUUUCAAAUUUAUUCUGAAAUGUGUUCAGUAUCAAAUCAUGUUGGUCCAUUACAUACUUGUGAUGUAUAUAGAUCUAGAGAAGCUGGUCGUAUUUUAGUAGAUUUAAUGAAUAAUGGAGCUUCCUUGUCAACUGAUCAACUAAUUAAAUUUUUCACAAAAGGUAAAACAUCAAAAAUUUCAACAGAUGCAUUAUUGGAAUAUUUUCAACCAUUAAAAGCAUGGCUUGAAAUUCAAAAUCGUGAUGAAAAUGUAAUAGGAUGGAAUUCCAAUCUAGAUGAUGUAGGUCUAUUCCAAAUGUUAAAAAGUUGUGCAAACAAAAAAAUAAAUUAUAUGGUAUCUAGUAUAGUUUAUAUUAUAAAUUUAAUUAUUAUGUUUAAUUUAUGAGAGUUGUAAUUAUGAUAAUGUUACAUAAAAUAAGUUAUUUACCAAAAAUAUGGAUUUAAAUAUUUACAAAAUUUUUAUAUAUAAUUGAGCUAGAUUGAGCCCUUCCAGAUUUUGUUUGGUUUGGAACUAAUAUAAAUUUUUAGAAAAUCAAUUAGAAACACAAGAUUGGAAAGUAUAUGUACUUGGAAGCAAAGUAAAAGCGUAUCUGAAAAUCAACAUAUGUAAUUAUGAAAAGAAAAGCAAUUAAAAGAUAAGCCAAUAAAAACGA